AUGGAGCAGUCACAGUGUGGCAGUAGAGACCAAAGCGGCAGCGGCCCACCCCACCUGGCCCCGGGGCUGGUGGCAGCGGCCCCUCCGCCCCAGUCUCCAGCGUUACCGGUACCCCCGGGGAUACCUGUUCCUCCAACUUUCCUGCGCCCGUCCAGCCUCUUUCUACGGGCAGCCGCAGCCGCCACCGCGGGAAGCGGAGGCUGCCCGCCGCCUGCCGGAGUGGAAAGGGGGGUGGGCGCCGUGGCCUGCGGCUACCCACGGACACCCAAGUGCGCCCGUUGUCGCAACCACGGAGUCGUGUCAGCCCUCAAGGGCCACAAGCGCUUCUGCCGCUGGCGGGACUGCGCGUGUGCCAAGUGCACCCUGAUCGCCGAGCGCCAGCGCGUCAUGGCCGCACAGGUGGCGCUGCGCAGGCAGCAGGCCCAGGAGGAGAGCGAAGCCCGGGCGCUGCAGAGGCUUCUAUACCCUGGACCCUCAGGGCCCGGGGGUCGAUCAUCUGGAGGCAGCAGCAGAACGGAGAAUCCCCAGACCACAGCAAGUGGCCCUGCGAUAGUGAGUGCACUGGGACUGAGUGCCUCGAGACAGGCUAGUGGUCUGGCGACUCCUGCUUUCGAGAUUUUCCAGUCAGAUUAUACAGAGGAAAAACAAGGACGAAAAGAGAGUAAAUGUGACUCAUGCCAGAGUGGACAAGAAGAACUGGUGUCUAAAUCCCAUCAAUUUACCCUGAGAUCAUCUCCUAAGUCUAAUGAUGUCACUGGAAAACAAAACGUCAGGUCAUCUAUUUCAGAAAACCCAAACAAGGAUGAUAGCAUUCAGUCUCCUCAUCCUGGGGAGCAGUCAGGAGGUGAAGAGAGUCCCAGGUCCCUGUCAUCGUCUGAUUUGGAAUCAGGAAAUGAAAGUGAGUGGGCCAAAGACUUCACUGAUACUACAGUCAGCCUUCCCACUGUGUCCUCUAGACCAAGAGACCCUCUUGAUAUCCUUACCAAGAUUUUCCCGAGUUACAGACGCAGCCGUCUAGAAGGCAUUCUACAGUUCUGCAAAGGGGAUGUGGUCCAAGCCAUUGAACAGGUCCUAAAUGGGAAAGAACACAAACCAGACACCAGGGACCUAGCAAGCUCAGGAGCCUUGGAAAAUACAGCUUUUCAGAGAGCUUCGAAUUUAAGUUUAGCUGGAAUUGGUUUUGGAACUCUAGGAAAUAAAUCAGCUUUCUCUCCCCUUCACAGUACUUCUGCUUCUUAUGGAGGUGAUUCCAGUAUCUACAGCUUAAAUCCUAGACUAGGUAUCAGUCCAUUACGGCUGGCAUAUUCCUCUCCAGGAAGAGGGCUGUCUGGUUUCAUGUCUCCCUACCUAACUCCUGGGUUGGCACCAGCAUUGCCUUUUCGGCCAGCUUUGGAUUAUGCCUUUUCAGGGAUGAUUAGGGAUUCUUCUUACCUUCCCAUCAAAGAUUCAGCAACUGGUGGCAGACUGUAUUCAAGGCCAAAUCAGAACAACAUGUAA